GCCUUGCUGCCAGCCAGCUGUCUGGGGCCCUGUCCUUCCCACCCUCAGAUCCCUGAGUGUUCCCGUCCCUGCUACUGUUAGCUGCCUCCCUCACAGCCCCACUCAAGGCCUUCUUUCCAUCCUCCUGCAGAACAUGGAUCCCUGGGUUUUCUGGUUCUUGCUCUGGCAAAGCAUAGUCCAUUACCUGCAGCCCAUGGGUGAUGACUGGGAUGAGGAAACGUGUCUGCAGAUGGAACUGCGUGCAAAGCAGCUGGAAUGGGAGAGGCUUCUGCUGGAGCAGGAGGUGGAGCAGCUCAUCCUGGAGCAGAGUGCAGAGGAACAGUACUUGCAGCUCGUAAAUGUUGCUGUGCUCCUGGCCCUUGCCUUGGUCUUAUGCUUUAUGGAGUGGAAAAGGAGCCUGAGGAGGGAGGAGAAUGAUGAAGGAAAUAAUGGUGCAAAUGAAGAGGAAGCGAGAAAUGGGGAUGCAAAUGGAGAAGAAGCUGUUGGAAAUGAAGAAGACAAUGUGAAUCGGGAGGAAGACAACAAUGAUGAUGGCAAUGUACAGGAAGUGGGCAAUGCUGCUGCAAAUGAGGCAGAUAAUGAUGGAAAUGAAGUUGUCAAUGAGGCUGCAAAUGCGGAAAACAAUGACGAUGUUGCAAAUGUAGUCCAAGAAGAAGAGGAUGAUAUUGAGGAUAUCAUUGGGGAAACUGUGAUGGAGCGCAUCCAGUGGCCUGUACAGGACCUGCAGAGAGGCUGUGAGUGGACAACUGUCCUGAUGGACAAUUAUACCAUUUGGUUUGGUCAUGUCUUGUCAACCAGUUUCUACCCAGUCCUGCAACGAGCCAUCGGGGUGGGCAGCGCCUUCGAAGGUUGGAGUCCCCGUGAGCAAGAUGUUGUGUACCGCAUGCUCAUACCCAUGACUCCUCCCCGAGGCCACAGCUUCCAUCUGGAGCUGGACACCGCAUGGCAGAGGCAGGUGAGGAAGUUCCGCGUCCGCGUGCAGCUGGAGUGCACCUGCACGAGGGAGCAGCAGGGCGAGAACAUGCUGUGCUUCCUGCACCACCCCAAGGAGGAGCUGAGGAGGAAUCAGGAUCCCAGCCUCCUGGACACCCUGUGCACCAGCUCCUACCUCGACGUGCAGAAAACUGCUCGCUGGUUCUACCAACUGGUGAGAGCAAUCUGGCCAGCUUUGCCGCAGUCACACAGUUGGCAUUUAAUGCUGCUGCCCUCCAGACGCUCCUGCCGAUUCAAGGUGACCAACGGAGAAGAGAGCUUCAGGAUUGAGAUGUUGUUCGGGGUGCGGAGAGGUGACUCGGACAUCUUUGUGAGCAGCCAGCCUAGAGAGGCCCACACCCCAAGCACAACCUGGCCUGAGACUUAUGCUGUGGCAGAGGCCCAGUUCUUCCAGCACAUUGCCAGGCAGGCCCCCCCCGACAGUUUGCACCUCCAAUGCCUGCAGUUCUUCGCCCGUCUUCUGCUGGGCUUCUGCUUUUCCACCUACACCAUGAAGACCAUUUUCAUGCACCUGCUCAAUGCCAUACCCGUGUCAUCGUGGCGCAGGAGACAUUUCCUGGACCGACUGCUGGAUAUCAGAGAUAGCCUGUCUUUAUGUGUGAGAGCAAAACGCCUCAACCACUUCAUGGUGGGUAACCAGAGGAUUCCUCACGACAUCAAUUUACCCUCAGACGUUCAAGAGGCUACGAGGUACAAUCUCUUCCAUUGCCUGGCGCAGGACUCGGACGUGCACAGCCAGGCCAUGCAUGAGUUCCAGGUUCUGCAAAAGUGGUUCGAGAGCAUCGUUCUCGAUGAACAUUGAAUGAAUGAAUGAAUGAAUGAAUGGGAGGAGUCAUGGGUAUGAGCACAGAGCUGGCCUUGUGCUGCUCGCGGCUGGCAGCGAAGAGCCAUCUCAUCCUACAAAUUUGGUCCUUUAAGGAGAAGAGGAUGCGUGCAAAGGCUCUGGCAAAAGUCCCACGGCCUCUCCUGCUGCCUCAGCAGGUGGAGGACCACAGCAGGGCUUAUUCUACCUCCUUAAAUCCUUUAAUUUUCUGGAAAAAGACACACAGAUCUGCAUAAAACCCGUCUUGAAGUUCCCCACUCCGAAGAGCGCACGUGAAGAGAGAACAUGCCUCAUGUGCAGCACCAAAGUCACCAAAUCCCUCCUGCAACAUGCAGUUGUUCCCAGCCUUUGAGAAGGGUCAAAAAUUGGAGUGUGAAAGAAGAGGGAAUGUGGGUCAGACAAAGGAAAAAGAAACAGGCCAAAAAAGACCAAGAGGAAACGUCAGCGCUGCUUGCCCGGGAUCAGUCAACGGACGGCGCCUCUCCUUGUUUCCGGAAGGGACACCUUUAGGUCAGCUUUGGACCAGCCAUGUUGGAGCUGACCUGAAAUUUUGUGUAUAUAAGAAUCUAGAUCUUUAUUUCAUAGCUAGAUAUAUGUAUUUUGUGUAAAUAUAUUUUAUACUUUCAUGUUUAUAACGUAUCAUAUAUAUCAUAGUAAAAUACAACACAAGAAAACAAUAGACUAAUAUAAAU